AAAAGUUUGCAAAUUAGCUGAUAAACAAUAAAAUGACUGAACACACGAUUCUCGAAUACUACGCAGAACAUGAGGCUUACAAAUGUGGUUACUGUAAGUGUGUGGAUACUAAUUAUUCGCAUGGCAUGUGGGGUCACUCUCUCAUGGUUCAAGACUAUGAAAAUUUACUUAAUCGUGGGUGGAGGAGGUCAGGGUCAUAUUUGUACAAGCCUACCAACUCGGUUACCUGUUGUCCAAUGUAUACAAUUAAUUGCCACGCAUUAGACUUUAAGCUAUCCAAGUCUCAAAAGAAAGUUUUAAAAAAGUUCGGCUCACACCUGGGAAUAAAUGACUCAAAGGAAAAGAAAUGUAUUGAAGAUUAUUUUGAGUCUACUCCAGGAUUUUCGGUCAAAUAUGUCAAAUUGGGAACACCAGAGUUUUUAGCAGGGCUAGGAACUGAGCACGAACUUUAUCGAAAGUAUCAGAUGAAGAUCCAUGAGGAUACGGAAGCCGAUUGUGAUCUCAAACAAUUUAAACGCUUCCUUUGUAAAACCCCAUUGUCAAUGACGUCCAAUGCACCAAAAUAUGGAUCAUUUCAUCAUCAGUACUACAUCAGUGAUAAACUUAUAGCAGUUGGAGUUGUGGAUAUCUUGCCCUCUUGUCUCAGCUCCGUUUAUUUUUUCUAUGAUCCAGAUUUAAUGCAAUUAUCAUUAGGAACAUUUGGAGCAUUGUAUGAAAUUUUAUUUGUUCGCCAAAUGUCAAAAGAAGUUCCCAAUUUCAAGUACUACUACAUGGGAUUCUACAUCCACUCCUGCCAAAAGAUGAGAUACAAAGGUAACUUCAGCCCUUCGUACUUACUCUGUCCUGAAGGUUUCACUUGGAGAUUGUUGGAUGAUGAACUGAGAAAAAUGUUGGACGACCAAAAAUAUGUGAGAUUUGGAGAACCACAACAACAAGCACCAGAUAAUAAUAAUGAAGAUAUUCAACAGGUGACGCUUCUGUUUAAGAGAUCCAUUAUGCCGUACCGAAUAUACAAAACACUUCGACAAUCUGACGACGACAUAGUUUUGCAACAAUACGUGAAUCUCGUCGGCUCCGCUAAUGCAAAAUCAAUUUUACUUUAUCGAGAAUAAAGUUUCUUUUCCAUCCCAACGUA